UGUGUGCAUCCGACCCACGCUGCCAGUAGCCGGUCUCAGCUUCCCACGCUGCUCUGAAGAGAAGAAAAGAAAAAAAAAAAAGAUGGAGAAAAAGAGCGAGAUCAACGGGCACGCCAUGCCCAGCUCGGCCUCCACCGACAGGAUCCUGGAGAAAGGCGCGCAGAAGAGCUUCUUGGAGAAGCUGAUGGAGUUUCUGAGAAAGAACCUGCUGGUGAUCAUGACGGUGUCAGGGGUGCUGGUGGGCGUCGGGCUCGGCAUGAUGGUCCGCAACAUGAACCUGACCAGGGCGCAGAUGACCUACUUCGCCUUCCCCGGAGAGAUGCUGCUCCGGAUGCUGAAGAUGAUCAUCCUGCCCCUGGUCGUCUGCAGCCUUGUUUCCGGCGCCGCCAGCCUGGACACGCGCUCCCUGGGCAAACUGGGGGGCAUCGCAGUCGCCUACUUUCUGGUCACCACGUUGAUCGCCUCAGGCAUCGGGGUGGCCCUGGCUUUCAUCAUUAAACCCGGCGUGGGCGCAGGUGGUCUGAACACCAACAACCUGGGUCUGGAGAGUGUCAGCAGCAACAAGGAGACCGCUGACUCGUUUCUGGAUCUGGCCAGGAAUUUAUUCCCAGCAAACUUGGUGGCUGCUGCUUUCCGUUCUUACGCCACUGACUACAAGAUGGUUGCUGUGGGCAACGACACCAAUGGGACCACCCUCUAUCAAAAGGUUCCUAUUGGGACAGAAAGCGAUGGCAUGAACAUCCUGGGUCUGGUUUUAUUUGCCAUGGUGUUUGGUGUGGCGCUGAGAAAGCUGGGAGACGAGGGGGAGGAACUCAUUCGUUUCUUCAAUGCUUUCAAUGAGGCAACCAUGGUGCUGGUGUCCUGGAUCAUGUGGUAUAUCCCUUUUGGCAUCAUGUUCCUGGUGGGCAGUAAGAUUGUGGAGAUGGAAGAUGUGGUUCUUCUGGUCACUAGUCUUGGAAAAUACAUCUUUGCUUCGAUCCUGGGCCACGUUAUCCACGGGGGCAUCGUCCUGCCUCUUAUCUACUUCGGCAUCACACGCAAGAACCCCUUCAGUUUCCUGUCAGGCCUCAUCACGCCCUUCACCACGGCCUUCGCCACCUGCUCCAGUUCAGCAACUCUUCCCUCUAUGAUAAAGUGUGUUGAGGAGAAUAACGGUGUGGACAAACGAAUCAGCCGCUUCAUCCUCCCCAUCGGAGCCACGGUUAACAUGGAUGGGGCGGCCAUUUUCCAGUGCAUCGCUGCCGUCUUCAUCGCUCAGCUCAACAACACUGAGCUGAACGCUGGGCAGAUCUUCACCAUCCUCGUGACAGCCACAGCCUCCAGUGUGGGUGCAGCAGGCAUCCCAGCCGGUGGCAUCAUCACCAUCGCCAUCAUCCUGGAGGCCAUAGGCCUGCCAACAAACGACCUGUCCCUCAUGCUGGCCGUUGACUGGAUUGUGGAUCGUACCACCACUGUGGUGAACGUGGAGGGUGACGCUCUGGGUGCUGGAAUCCUCCAUCACAUCAACCAGCAGGAGAUGAAGAAGCAGCAGGAGCAGCAGCAGGGAGGGGAGCUGGCGGAGGUCCGGGUGGAGGCGGUGGCCAACGUCCAAGCGGAGGAGGAGACUUCACCACUGGUCAUGCACCAAACCAAAGCCUUGGCGGCCACGCCGGAAGCUAUUGAGUCUGUCUUGUGAACUCAGCAAGACUUUUUCUCUGGUGACCUUUUGACCUUUCAACACUUCUGACAUUGCUGCUGACAGGGACACCAUUCUCACUCAGUGUCAAAAAAAGGAGGUCACUGAUGGUUUUGCUUGUGAGGAAAAAAAAUUGCCAUAGUAACAGUCUGUCUAGAGCACUGACUGUCCACAGUGCACUUCCUGCUGCUGUUUUGAAAUUUGGUCUCUUGGGCUAAUGUCUCAAUAGUUGGGUUUCCAUCCAAGUAUUUUAAGGCAGAUAAGGAUAUAAUCCAUUUGAAAAUUAUCAAUUUUGAAAACAUUUCCUCAUAAUUGCAAAAAGAUUUUUUAAAAUUUCAC